CAAUAAGAGAGACCCUCCAGAGACGCACAGGCACACUCAUCACAAGACCUCUCCGUUUGAUGCCAACCAGCGCUGUGAGCACCAAAGGAAUCAUGCCCGUGCCCAAGAAAGCAGGAGGAAAAAACAAUACUGCAGAAGUGAAGCCGCCACCAUAUGAGCCAAACAUCCCUGAACCCACCACCAGGGCUGACUUCAUGAAACACUGGCUCCCGCUCUCUCUGGAUGAUAAAACUGCACAGAAACUGUUGUGGAUUUCAGAGGGUGGGUCUAAGGUGGCCCGUACAUCAGAUGCCGUCUGCCCAUAUCCCAACAGGCCUGAGAGAUAUGAACACUCACCACAGGUGCUGUGUAAGGAGGGUCUGAUGGGCUUCAGAGGGUACUGGGAGGUGGACUACGAUGGCUGGGUGGUGAUCGGGGUGGUCUUGGAGAGCGCACCUCGGAGGGUCCAGGAAGGGCGCGGACCCUGCGGCCUCGGGGAGAACAACGGCUCCUGGGGCGUCGGCUGGUCCGGCUCCUGCUACCAAGUGUGGCACAACAGCGAGAACGUGGACAUUGCGCUCCCCGCCUCCACCACCAUAGGUGUGUACGUCGACCAGCCCGCAGGCGUCAUCAAGUUCCUGACGGUAGAGGGUGAGGGCGAGAAGGAGGUGCGGCUGAUCCACAAGUUCAAAGCAGAGCUCCAGGAGAAGAUUUUCCCUGGGUUCUGGGUUGGCACAAAUUCGUUCUGCCUUCUUCGGAAAAAGGAUCAGUGA